AGAUAAACAAGCAACGCCACCUCCCACCAAAAGACAAACACACUCUGUGUCAUAAAAAACACGCAAAAUCGCCAUUAAAAUCCAAACCUUUCGACCUCCCAAAACCACCAAUAAAACACUCCUCAACGUGUACAACCCCAUAACCACUCCAUUCCCUUCUUCAAUAUAAAAAACCCACCAAAAAAAAAAUCAAUCGAAAUUAACAACAAUAACAUACCCACCCACAAAAAAAAUUCUCUCUCUCUCUCUCUCUCUUCUCAUCUUCUUCUACUCUCCCAGACCCUCUUAGCUUAUAGAUCGAAAUGGGUCCGGUGGUGUUGACUCAGUUGGCGACGGGUCUGAGCGUGUUGGCCGGAGCGGUGCUGGUCAAAUCGGUGAUGGACAAGCCCAUGGCCGGGCCGGGUCAGUUCCCCAGGUGCCCGAGUUGCAACGGCACAGGCCUGGUCUCUUGCUUCUGUUCUCGCUGGUCGGACGGCGAUGUUGGGUGCCGGAGCUGCUCCGGGUCGGGUCGCACGGCGUGUAGCAGCUGUGGAGGAACCGGAACCGGUCGGCCCAUCCCGGUUCAGCUCUCUGUUCGUCCUCCCACCAACCGCCCCUCCUAACCGGUUUGUGCUUUAGAGUACUUCUUCAAAUCUUUAUCAAUCCAACACCUCCCUAUUUUGUUUAUUUUUGUAUUAAUUUGUGUAAUAUAAGUUCAUAAAGCUUAAGAGAGAGAGUGGGUGGGAGAUUAUUAGGUUGUACUGACAUGAAUGAAUUAAUAUAUCAAUUUGUAUACAAUGAAAUUGUUCUAUAAUUUAAUUAUUGCUUAUAGUGAUUGAGAACUA